CAUAUGGAUGAACAUCCAGGGAAUCUAUCAAUUUUCACUCAUUCUGGUAGGCCACUAGGAAAAGGAAAGGUUAGAUAUCUCACAGAACAAGAAUUUCAAGCAGCACAAAUGUACAUCUUGUUGAAUUGUAUAGAAGUAAAACCGUACAUUGACAUUUUUGUUAAUGAGUUACACAUGGCCAAUCCAAAUAUCAAUGAUAAACAAGUUGAUGAGAAACUAGAGCGUGAAUUUGAUAAGUGGUUCAAUAAAUAUGUUCACAAUCCCUCCAACAAUAUAUCAAGCCAGUUUUUAAAGGAUCUAUCAAAGGGUCCAUUAAGAAGUGUUAUGUGCUACAAUAGUUAUGUAGUUAAUGGUUAUAAAUUUCACACUAAAGGUUAUGGUUCGCAUAGGGCAACGAUGAACAGUGGGGUAUGUAUCAAGGGGACUAAUUACAGUACUAAUGAAAGUGACUACUAUGGACAAUUAAUUGAAGUGCUACGAUUGGAGUACCCUGGAUUACCAAUCAAAAGAACUGUAUUGUUUAAAUGUGAUUGGUUUGAUCCAACACCAAAUGUGGGAAUAAAGAUUCAUCCAAAAUAUAAACUUGUGGAUAUUAAUCAUAAAAGAUCCUUCAAUAGGUAUGAACCAUUUGUUCUUGCUAUCCAAGCUGCUCAGGUGAAUUAUUCCAUAUAUCCAAGCUUAAAACGUGACAAGGAUGAUUGGUGGGCUGUGUUCAAAAUCAAAGCGAGAUCUGUUAUUGAUCUUCCUGAGCAAGUGAAUGUCACAACCCCCCCUGCACGGGAAGAACCAUUUCAAGAAGAUGAAAUGGAAGUCCCUUUGAUUCAAAUUGACGAUGAUGAUGAUCAACAACAAUAUUUGAAUGAUCAAAACGGUGUACUAGUUGAAAUUAAUGAAGAGGAUGUUGAAGAUGAAGAAGAGCUUGAAUUGGACUCAGAAAGUGAUGAGGAAUGCGAUGAUCUAUAUGAUAGUGAUACUAAUUAG